AUGAGGGACUCUAUCGAUAAUCGAACGGCUGUUGACCGAUUACGAGCUUUGUUUCAUAAAUCCGAUGCUGAACCCGAAUAUGAACCUAUCUCAAGCAGCUCCAGUAUCCACGAAGAUGAUGUCCGCAGACCAGUCCUUGUCUUAUCAGACCAAGUCGAAGGGGAGCCAUUCUCAUGGUUUGAAUAUGGAAUCUUUAUGCUAAUCGGAGUGGCGAUGCUCUGGGCAUGGAAUAUGUUCUUAGCAGCCGCACCAUACUUCCAAAGCCGAUUCAAGGACAAUGAGAGUAUCCUCCAGCACUUCCAAUCUGCGAUCACUUCGGUAGGAACGGUUACGAAUCUUGGCUCCAUGCUACUCCUCAGUCACCUACAAUCGAAUGCCUCAUACCCGAAACGAAUCAUAGCAUCCCUCGUUCUCAACACUAUUGUCUUUACGCUUCUUGCGAUAUCCACUUCAUACUUCCGCGAUAUCUCGGCAAGUGGCUAUCUGGCUUUCACAUUAGUAAUGGUCUUCUCGACUUCUUGUGCAACCGGGCUUCUACAAAAUGGUGCAUUUGCUUUUGCGUCAAGCUUUGGCAGACCGGAAUACAUACAAGCUAUCAUGACUGGACAAGCAAUCGCCGGAGUUCUACCAUCAGUGGCGCAGAUUGCGACGGUUUUGGCUGUUCCGCCACCAGAUCGUUGGGCCGAUAUAGACACAGAAGUUGCGGAUAUAAAGGAAAAUACAACUUCGGCUGCUAUUUACUUCUUGACGGCUACAGCUAUCAGUGUUUUAACGCUAGUAUUUGUCUUCCCCUUGCUUCGGAAGCAUAACCGAACCCUUGAGAGUCACGCGGCAUCAUCAGCUGGAAGUGAUGAUGAGGUUGACGAGAAUGGCAAACAUGAGGUCGUUAGCAUGGUCAGGCUCUUCAAAAAACUUUAUUGGCUGGCAGGAGGAGUGUUCAUGUGUUUCGCUGUUACGAUGUUCUUCCCGGUGUUCACGUCAAAAGUGGUUUCAGUGAUACCCGCUGAUGGCGCUCCUCGAAUUCUUCAACCUGAGGCUUUCAUUCCCCUCGGAUUUCUGGUUUGGAAUAUCGGUGAUCUUUGUGGCCGUCUGCUUCCGCUUCUACCCUUCCAGACCAAAACACGACCUAUACCACUUUUCAUAUUCUCUAUUCUUCGAAUUGCAUUUGUUCCUUUAUACCUUCUCUGUAAUAUCGAAGGCAACGGUGCAAAAGUCAACAGCGAUUUAUUCUACCUUAUCGUCGUUCAAGGUGGAUUUGGACUUAGUAAUGGCUGGCUUGGCAGUUCUUGUAUGAUGGCAGCCGCUGAUUAUGUCAAUGAAAAAGAACGAGAAGCAAGCGGGUCUUUCAUGAUGACCAAUCUAGUAGCAGGUUUGAUGGUUGGGUCACUCCUUAGUUUUGCUGCGGCCGCAAUUUCAUAA